AUGUAUGGGCUCUCCAACUCGGCUCUCAACGCCGACCUGGUCAUCACUAUCAACGUUUCUUCGAAUAAGCCUAUACGGAGCUCCGAAAGCCGAACCGGCCCUGGUGGCGAGCGAUUGGCUUCAAAAAGAAAGCUGUCUUGCUUUAUGGUGAGAUUUCCCAUCACGCAGACCAUGUUUCGUCUCUUCAAGUCUGACUUUUUCCAUUUCGAGGCGCUGCGCCUCCUCAGCUUCACUCCCCACGAUGGCGGGGAGGUGGCCGAAUUCUUCGCCGCAUUGGGCAAAAUCCGGGAGAACGACAGUGAGAGCUGGUACAACGCCUGGACAGAAGCUGGGGCCAAAGCAGAGGCUCUGGCAGCGGAAGCUGAACUGGCUGGCAACCGGGACGCAGCGCGCAAGGCAUUCUUUCGAGCAUCCAAUUACCAGCGUGCCGCCCAGUUCAUGUUGAACGGGUUUUCUGGCAAUGACCCUCGCAUCCUCUCCAAUUCAGAAACAGCACUUGGUAACUUUUGGCGUGCCGCCUCCUUGCUCGACGGCUGCUCCAUAGUGCGGUUAGAGAUUCCUUUCACCGACGAUGAUGGCACCAUUUCUCUACCAGCAUACCUGUGUCUUCCUCCGACUUCCAAGCGACUGCCGGGGAAAUUGCCCGUGCUCAUGCAGACGGUUGGCGGCGAUGCCACACAGGAGGAAAUCUUCCACAUCUACCCCAUGGCGGCCCUUGAGCUGGGAUAUGCAGUGGUGACCUUUGAAGGGCCAGGGCAGGGCAUUGUAAUUAGAAAGCAUGGCAAACCCAUGCGGCCCGACUGGGAGGUGGUCGUGUCUGCGGCUCUUGACUUUACGCACCAGUACGCCCACGACCACCCAGAGCUCGACCUCGAUCUCGAUCGGUUAGCGCUGGUCGGGUCCUCCAUGGGGGGCUAUCUAGCCCUCCGUGGAGCAGCUGAUUCUCGGGUUCGUGCGUGCAUUUCCGUUGAUCCGUUCUACAAUAUGUUUGACCUUCUCAAGGGACGCAUGCCCGAAAUUGUCAGGAACACAUUCAUCGCCGGUGGUUUCGUUCCCGAUGGUAUCUGGGACUAUGUAUUUGGCACUCUUGGCCAGGCCAACUGGCAGACGCGCUGGGAGUUUAAUUUUACGCGCUGGCUGCUUGGCCAGGAGACGGCGGCGCAGAUGAUGCGCAAGAUGCAAGAAUACACUUUGGCCACGGAGGACGGGAAGGGAUAUCUCACGCGCAUACAAUGUCCGACCAUGGUCACGGGCGCCCGGUUUUCCAUGUAUUGUCAGCCCGAGGUCAGUACACAUCGCAUCUAUGAUGACCUGAUCAACGUCCCCGUUGACAAGAAGCUCAUGUGGGUGGCGGAGGAUGAGGCCGAGGGCGGGCUGCAGUCCAAGAUUGGCGCUUUCAACGUGUUGACCACCAAGUCGUUUGCGUGGUUGGAUCAGAUUUUUGGUAUUGAUCGAAAGAUUGUGCUUUAG